GCGAAAAGCUUCCUCUGCGCCUGCGCCGUCUGCUCUCCCUGUCCCAGGGGGAAAACAAACCCGGAGCCGACGUCGCGCACUCCGGGGACUCCCGGCCGGGUCGCUCUUCACGCUUCCAGUACGGCUUUGAGUCAGGUCUCCCGGAAGCUCUGCGGGGGUGUGGGGAGGCAUACAGGAAUUAAAUCCUGAAUAAACCUACAAGUAAGAUGGACAGUUACUUUAAGGCAGCGGUCAGUGAUUUGGACAAACUUCUUGAUGAUUUUGAACAAAAUCCAGAUGAACAAGAUUAUCUUCAAGAAGCACAAUAUGCGUAUGAUUCUAAUCAUUGUUCAGUCUCUUCAGAAUUGGCUUCCUCACAGCUAACUUCAUUGCUACCAAAGGAUCAUCAGUGUGUUAAUUGUUGUGCCUCAGCUGAUACAUGCUAUGAAACAAAUAAGAUUUCCCUGAAUGAAAAAACUCUCGAGGGACUAACUUCUAUACAAAAUGAAAAAAAUGUAACAGGACUUGAUCUUCUUUCUUCUGUGGAUGGUGGCACUUCAGAUGAAAUCCAGCCUUCAUAUAUGGGAAGAUGUAGUAAACCUGUCUGUGAUCUGAUAAGUGACAUGGGUAACUUAGUUCAUGUAACUAAUAGUGAAGAAGAUAUUAAAAGAUUAUUGCCAGAUGAUUUUAAGUCUAGUGCAGAAUCUUUGGUUGGAUUGGAUUUAUCUUCAGUGUCAGAAACUCUUUGUGAUUCUUCAUUAGGCCAUGGUGAUAAUACUGUCAGAGAGGAACAAAAUGAUACCAACUGUGAGUUGCAAAGUAGAGAAAUUAGUGGAACUAAAGAAUUGGAUAUAAAAGUUGAUAUAACACUUUCAGAUUUAUAUAAUGAUGAUGGAAAAGAAAAUUUAAAAGAUAAGUUUUCUAAUCAGUUAGAACCAGUUGUUGAUUUCAACAUGCCAUCUGCUUUGAUUCAACAAAGUUCCAAAAUAUUUGACGCCAAAGACAGCCUACAGCGCAGGAACCAGCCUUGUAAAAUAAAAGCUGAUGGCUUUUUGGUAAAAGAGGAAGUAGAUGUGGCAGUCACACCUGCCACAGAAUUCUUAAAAGAAGACAGCACAAAUAGUUUGCCUUGCAAUCUUUCACAGAAUGAAGGUUUAUGCUUAAAUGAUUCAAAUUCAGGAGAUGAAUAUUCCAAAUUACCUGACUUUUCCUUUCAGGAAGAUAGGACUGCUAUAUUUAUAAAACAGUCUUCAAAAGAAGACUCAAGAAAUAUCAAUCUUAAAGAUAAUAAAGAUGUAACCCAAGAUUCCUCUUCUACUUUACAUGUUUUAAGCGAAAAUAUAUGUUCAUCAUUGUCCUGUCUUCCAGUGCCUGAGUCUUUAUAUGGAUCAUUAAUUGAAAGUAAAGUUCAUGGUGAUUGUUUACCUCAAAAUGACUGUAAAGAUAAUAUACAAAAUACAGUAACUGAGGAUGGAGAAAUACUGAAGAGUGUUAUUCUGGGUGGGGAACAAUUGAAAGAGGCUGAUUUUUUGAGACAGGAAAAAUGUGAAAAGAUCCACGAGCCACUAAGUGAGAAGACAGGGGAUAGGAAGUUAGAUCCUGACCAGACAGUAGGCAGAGUGGAAUCUUUGGAUUACCCUGAUCAUACUAAUUGUUCUAUAGCUGCAGAGUCUCAAAUAGAACUUAUUGGUGUAAAUGCCGCAGAAUCUCCUGAUCAUUGUGAAGAUCUCACUUUUUCAAACAGUAUUGAUGGGCAAGACUUAGAUUACUUUAAUAUUGAUGAAGGAAUGAAGAGUGGUGCAUUAAUUAGUGAUGCUGAACUUGAUGCUUUUUUGACGGAACAGUAUCUUCAGACUGGUAACAUGAAAUCUUUUGAACAAGAUGCGAAUGACUCAGAAACUCAGAUGAAUCAGAUAGAUAUGAAAGGCUUAGAUGAUGGGACCAUCAAUAAUAUGUAUUUCAAUGCCAAAGCAGGAGCUACUGGGGAAAAUCCUGGUGUUAAUAUGAUUUAUGAGACCGUUGAUAAACAGAAAACAACAGAAAAUAGUGGCCUUUCUUUAGAGGAAACAAGCUCAGUUCCAGUUGAACAGUUAUCUAGCUCUAAGUCUGAAAUUACAAAUGAAUUAUCAGUCUCUGAUAUUAGCAGCCAGUCUAUUCAUGUUGGAGGGGCCAGACCUAAGCAAUUGUUUAGUAUUCCAUCAAGAACAAGGAGUUCAAAAGAACCAAGUAAACCAGAUGUUCCAAAUAUGGCUGAAAGUGAGCCCAGCAUAGGAAGUACCAUUGCUUCAACCAGUUAUACAACAAAUUCUACAACUGAUCAUCAGAUUAGCUUCAACUCUAAUUACAUUGAUAUAGAAAGUAAUUUUGAAGGUGGAUCUAAUUUUGUAACCUCAAAUGAAGAAUCCCUUCCUACAAGUACUUGUAAAGAAGGCCUGGUUUUGGGCCAGAAACAACCUCCUUGGGUUCCUGAUUCAGAAGCUCCAAACUGUAUGAACUGCCAAGUCAAAUUUACUUUUACAAAACGGCGACACCAUUGCCGAGCCUGUGGGAAAGUAUUUUGUGGUGUCUGUUGUAAUAGGAAAUGUAAAUUACAGUAUCUUGACAAGGAAGCAAGAGUAUGUGUAGUCUGCUAUGAGACUAUUAGUAAAGCUCAGGCAUUUGAAAGGAUGAUGAGUCCAACUGAUUCUAACCUUAAACUGAGUCAUUCUGAUGAAUGUGCCACUAAUCAGCCUCUUCCGGAGACUCAGGCAUCCAGUACAUCUUCACCUACAACUUUACCAAUCUCAGCACUUAAACAACCAUGUGUUGAAGGAUUAUGCUCCAAGGAACAGAAGAGAGUAUGGUUUGCAGAUGGGAUAUUGCCCAAUGGGGAAGUUGCAGAUACAACGAAAUUAUCAUCUGGAACUAAAAAAUGUUCAGAAGACUCUAGUCCUCUCUUACCUGAUGUACCCUUGAAGGUAAACACACUGGAUCACACCAAUUCUACUACAGUGGAAAAACCAGACAAUGAGAUGGGCGAAAUUACAAGAACUGAGAUAAUUCAUAGUCCUGUUUCUCAGGUUACAUCUGUGGAAAAGCUGCCUAUCAACCCAGGAACUGAGGGGUUACUUACUUCUGGGUCUUUAACAACACUAGGUGAUAAUGUAUUUGCAGAAAUUGAGGAACCAUCUAGUUCUGGUGUUUUAGUUAACAAGUUACCUGGUGUUAGUGCUUCAGAUUAUAGGUUAUUGUGUGGUAUUGACCAGCAUGUUUGUAAUAAGAUUAGUCUUCUACCUAAUGAUGAAGACAGCUUGCCCCCUCUUCUGGUUGCAUCUGGAGAAAAGGGAUCAGAGCCUGUAGUUGAAGAACACCCAUCUCAUGAACAGAUCAUGUCCCUUUUGGAAGAUGAAAGCUUUGGUCCUGUUACAUUUGUCCUAAAUGCUAACCUACUUGUGAAUGUCAAGUUAGUAUUUUAUUCCUCAGAUAGAUAUUGGUUCUACUCAACCAAUGGAUUGCAUGGCUUGGGACAGGCAGAAAUUAUUAUUCUGUUGUUAUGUUUGCCAAAUGAAGAUACUAUUCCUAAGGACAUCUUCAGACUAUUUAUCACCAUAUAUAAGGAUGCUGUAAAAGGAAAAUACAUAGAAAAUUUGAACAAUAUUACCUUUACUGAGAGUUUUCUCAAAAGCAAGGAUCAUGGAGGAUUCCUGUUUAUUACACCUACUUUUCAGAAACUUGAGGAGCUACCAUUACCAAGUAAUCCUUUUCUUUGUGGAAUUCUUAUCCAGAAGCUAGAGAUUCCUUGGGCAAAGGUUUUUCCUAUGCGUUUAAUGUUAAGACUGGGUGCAGAAUAUAAAGCAUAUCCUACUCCUCUAACAAGUAUCAGAGGCCGAAAACCUCUUUUUGGAGAAAUUGGACACACUAUUAUGAACUUACUUGUUGAUCUUCGAAAUUACCAGUACACCUUGCAUAAUAUCGAUCAACUGUUGAUUCAUAUGGAAAUGGGAAAAAGCUGCAUAAAAAUACCUAGGAAAAAAUACAAUGAUAUAAUGAAAGUAAUAAAUUCUUCUAAUGAACAUGUCAUUAGCAUUGGGGCAAGUUUUAGCACAGAAGCAGAUUCUCAUCUAGUCUGCAUACAGAAUGAUGGCGUUUAUCAAACACAGGCCAACAGUGCCACUGGCCAUCCCAGAAAAGUGACAGGUGCAAGUUUUGUAGUAUUCAAUGGCGCUCUGAAGACAUCUUCAGGAUUUCUUGCUAAGUCUAGCAUAGUUGAAGAUGGCUUAAUGGUACAGAUAACUCCCGAGACCAUGGAUGGCUUGCGGCUAGCUCUGCGAGAACAAAAAGACUUCAAAAUUACAUGUGGGAAAGUGGAUGCUGUAGACCUCAGAGAAUAUGUGGAUAUUUGCUGGGUAGAUUCUGAAGAAAAAGGAAACAAAGGUGUUAUUAGUUCAGUGGAUGGGAUAUCAUUGCAAGGAUUUCCAAGUGAAAAAAUAAAACUGGAAGCAGAUUUUGAAAAUGAUGAAAAGAUUGUAAAGUGCACCGAGGUGUUCUACUUUCUAAAGGACCAAGAUUUAUCUGUUUCAGCAACUCGUUAUCAGUUUGCAAAAGAGAUAGCCAUGGCUUGUAGUGCUGCACUGUGCCCUCACCUGAAAACCCUAAAGAAUAAUGGAAUGAAUAAAAUUGGCCUCAGAGUUUCCAUCGACACUGAUAAGGUUGAAUUUCAGGCAGGAUCUGAAGGCCAGCUUCUGCCUCAGCAUUAUCUGAAUGAUCUUGAUAAUGCUCUAAUUCCUGUGAUCCAUGGUGGGACCUCCAACUCUACAAAUUUACCACUAGAAAUAGAACUAGUAUUUUUCAUUAUUGAAAAUCUUUUUUUGUAAAAGGACAUUAGUUAUAUAUUGCAAACUAAUUUGUUAAAACUAAAGCUGAAAUGCCACAAACACUAAAAGUAAGUAUGGUUAAUAUUCAGAACACCUUAAGCUUUGCUUUUUAGGUAGGAAUCUUUUUUUUUUUUAAUUACUAUUCAGAUCUUUUAAGAAUUUAAAGGAUCCACAGUUUUUGAAGCUUUAUAAUAAUAGAUACUAAAAAGAUAAAUUCUUCAGUAAGAAACUUGUAGCAUUUACUAUGUUAUUUAAAUGCUAAGCCAAAGUAUCUGCAUUUUAGGUAUACAUCUUUAUCCCAAGAAUGCUUUUAAUGAAGGCUCUUUUGAGAUGUAACCUUAUGCAGGAAAUACUUGUUUUGUGUAUAUGCCAGUUAAAUUGUUUGUCAGUGGCACAGACCUGUUUCCAAAUCUUGGACUUAACAUAAUUCUUUGAGUAAGGCAGAUAAUUUACUUGUAUAAUUGGAGUGGAUGGAGAUCUACCUCCAUGAUUAGAUAAACUGAUUGUUUUGACUAAAAUCAGAAUUUUGCCUUUUUCUCCUCAAAUAAUAAUUACUACAUAUAUGGUUUUUCUUGAUUAAAUGGGUAUUCUUAAAAUAAUUGUGGUGCUUCAAGAUUUUGUGCUUCUAUAUUUAAGUAGAUUGUUUUUAUAGUGAGAACAUAUGAUUCAGUAUGUGUUUUAUAAAUCUUUAAUAAUUUAUAAAUAGGUAAUAUUUUUGUAUCACAGUGCAUUAUUUUUCUUCCUUUCCUUCUAAUGUAUACCACUGUAUUUAUCACUUUUAGGAGUGAUUGAUGACAGGCCAUAUGACCCUUGAAGUAGUCAUUAUGUAGCAAUAAAUAAAGCCUAAAGCAGUUUUUUUUUUUUUUUAAUUUUCCUUUAAAUAUUUCUUGCAACUGCAUAUUUUCAUUGACAUCAGUGUAUUCAGUAUAAAUUUUAAUGGGCUACUUUUGCAUAUUUUAAAUUAUUUUGUGGUAGAUUUUUUUUAACAUAAGCUAU